AUGGAACUCAGAAGAGGAAGUAUUGCAAUUAUGAACAAAGCUCUUCUUACUCGAUAUUUGGCAUUACCACAACCAGACACUAAAGUCAUAGCUACCUACAUUUGGGUUGAUGGUACUGGAGAAAAUCUUCGAGCUAAAACUCGAACACUUGAUCAAGAACCACAGUCACCAGAAGAAAUACCUUGGUGGCAUUUCUCUGGUGUAUCAACCGGGCAAGCUGAAGAUUCAAAUUCAGAUACCUAUCUUAAACCAAUAGCUAUUUUUAAAGAUCCAUUUAUGCUUGGUCAAAAUAUAUUAGUUAUGUGUGAAACAUGCAAAUAUAGUAAAGAACCAGCCGCUACAAACAAACGAUUCAAAUGUGUUGAAGCAAUGAAAGCAGCAUAUGAUCAACAUCCAUGGUUUGGUCUUGAACAAGAAUAUACACUUUUAGAUCGUGAUGGUUGGCCAUUUGGAUGGCCAAAAGGUGGAUUUCCACAUCCACAAGGACCUUAUUAUUGUGGUGUUGGUGCAAGUCAAGCACUCGGUCGUCAUGUUGUAGAAGCACAUUACAGAGCAUGUUUAUAUGCCGGUAUUAGUAUUGGUGGUACUAAUGCUGAAGUAAUGCCAGCUCAAUGGGAAUAUCAAGUUGGUCCAUGUGAAGGUGUUGAUGCUAGUGAUCAACUUUGGAUGUCACGUUAUUUAUUAUUACGUAUUGCUGAGGAGUUUGGUAUACAAGUUAGUUUUGAUCCAAAACCUAUUCCAGGUGAUUGGAAUGGUGCUGGAUGUCAUACUAAUUUUUCAACUUUAGCUAUGCGUCAACCUAAUGGCAUCGAAGCUAUCGAUAAAGCAAUCAAAGCACUUGAAUUACGUCAUGAAACACACAUAAGAUGUUAUGGAAGAGAUAAUGACCGGCGAUUGACCGGACGACAUGAAACAGCAAAUAUCAAUCAAUUUAAAGCUGGUAUUGCCAAUCGUGGUGCAUCAAUUCGAAUACCUCGUCAAGUUGGCGAAGAAAAAUGUGGUUAUUUAGAAGAUCGUCGUCCAGCAUCAAAUUGUGAUCCAUAUGCUGUAACAGAUAUUCUUGUUCGUACUGUAUGUCUUAGUGAAAAAGAUCCAUAA